GGGGUGGGAGUCAUCUGAACGUGAUUCCCUAAGGCCCCUCCUGCAGCCAGUGAGGAGGUGUUGGAGGGGAGCUGAGAGCCAUAAAAGCCCCAGCUUGGCACCGCUCCGACCCAGACCCGAGACCUGAUUCUCCGGCUGGCUCGAACCCUCAAGAGAAGAGGAGCACGCAAACAUCACUUCCUCACUAGACAGGACCACCGUCCAACAUGGAGAGAGGCCGGAGGCUGUGGCUCUACGCGCUGACCUGUGCCCUGUCUCUGCUCAUCGGCCUGGAGACCCUGGCCGAGUCUUACCCAUCCAAGCCCGACAGCCCCAGGCAGGACUCGCCUCCAGAGGACCUGGCCAGAUACUACUCAGCUCUGCGGCACUACAUUAAUCUCAUCACCAGACAGAGAUAUGGAAAACGAUCCAGCCCAGAGAACAUGAUCUCAGAUCUCUUGUUGAGAGAAAGCACAGAAAACCUUCCCCGAUCCAGGUUUGAGGAUCCUUCCAUGUGGUGAUGGGAAUUCUGGCUCUUCUUCAGUUUCUUCCUACUUUCCCCCAUAUUCCAGGCUAUAAAGCUUGGUCUCCCAUGGUCUACCCACCUUGCCAGUGCAUGCAGCCACCCUCCCCACAUCCCUCAAGUUUAUUUCCCAUGAUUGUCUUGAAUAUAUGUUUAUUUAAAUAAAUUGCCAUGCAUUCAAAAAUG